CUCAAGUACCGCCCGAAUAUGGCAGACGUGCAUUAUAAUUUGGGAAUAUUGCUACAAAACCAAAGACGUUACAGCGAUGCUAUCAAAAGUUUCGAGAGAGCAAUUUACUUUAGACCUUCAAUGGCUCUCGCGUAUGUGAAUCUCGGGACAUCAUUAAUGGCCGACGGGCGUUUAGCUGAAGCAGCAAGUGCGCUUCGAGCUGGUUCCCGGGCCGAGGGAGUGCGUGUACGCGACCGGAGAGAACACGACGCUGCACGAGUGUCAGCUCUAGUACAGCUUGCAGCUUUACAUUCACAACGAGGGCACUGGCAUAAAGCGCUGUCAGCAUACAAAGAAGCGCUGCAAAUACUGCCGGACACAAAUACACCGAUCGUUGGCUGGACACGACAUAGUGUCCUUUCAAUGGUGGGCGAGAUUUAUGUGCAGCUACAACAAUGGCCGAUGGCCGAGCACAGUUUAGUAUCGGCACUGGCCGCAGCGCCGCACCACGCUGGCACUCACGUCACAUUAGCUCAAAUACUCGCCAGAAAUGCAAGUAGAAGUAUUGAAGCUGAAAUGUGGUUUAAAAAAGCACUCACUUUAGCACCUAACGAUCCGUCAGUAAGAGAUCAGUUUGGUAUGUUCCUGAGAUCACAACGGCGUCUCAGGGAAUCAGCAGAACAGUUAGUAGCAGCAGCUCAGUUAUCACCAACGGAUAGUGCGCGAGCGGCUUCGGCUGCGCGGGCGCUGAGGGAUGCGCGACGUUGCCGCUCUGCCGAGAGGUGGUAUGCGCGCGCUGUACAGUUAAAUCCUGAUGACGCCGAGUACCAUUCAAAUCUUGGUGCCAUCCUCCAUCUCAACGGGAAGUAUGCAGCAGCGGCGACCUCUUACCGGCGAGCGCUGCAACUACAACCCAAUGACGACAUUACCAUCACCAACCUCAAAAGAGUCAGAGCAUUAAUGAGCAAACAACGCAGAAAAUAAUCGAAACAGGCCUCUUGUACUUGGACACAUCAUAUAGAUGAAAUAGGAUGUCAAUUGCCAAAAGUAUUGUUAG